AUGCAGAUCGCCGAGCUGGUCACCAAAGCAACAUGGGUACAUCAAGCAAUUCUGCAGGAACACCACAUUUCAUCCAACCUGAGGGCUCACUGGUCAAAGUCAAGUCCAACGGAAGUCCCAGGAGUCCCGCCCGCUCGCCCACGUUCUCUGCUCGCCCCUCCCUCUAGCAGCACCACGUUUCCUGUCAAAACAAACGUUUGGGGGAGGGGACUGCUGGGACAGAACCCAGCUCUCGAGAAACCCGGCAACAAGACCCAAACACAGGCCGCGGCCCGGCCGGGCCCCACCGCGGGGCUCAGUCCCACUCCUCCAGGGCCGAGGAAUCGGGGACCCAGCCGCGCGGGGAGCCCAGAGCGUCUCGCGCCCGAGAGCACAGUCGUUGGCACGCACCCAAAGGGAUGUCAUCAGAGCCAAGCAGCCCCGGGAGAGCCUGGGCCACCCCCGCCACUAUGUCCUACUUCAGGCCUUGACUCGGAGGUCAAAUGUCCCGAAUGCGGAGGGCACAAGGAGCCCUCCCGCUACCCUGAGGAGACGCGGUCCCCUCAGAUCCCACGACCCCUCUCCUGGGAUGGGUACGCACCCCCGGAUCCCACGCAGAGGCUCGAGGAAGGCUUGGUGGCCGGGGUCGCGGGGCUCUGUGUAUUCCCCCCCUCACCCAGCGUCACAGACACAGGGAGACUGCAGUCUGUCAACUCUGGAGCCCUCUGGCAGCCCCACGCGAUAUUUAAAGGGACCAGAAGUACUCCCUGGGCGAUACCAUUCGGGAAGGAACCGGACGGGGACUAA